AAUCAAUGAAAAAUCAUCAGCUCAUGCAAAUCAAACUCAGAGAACCAUCUCCACCUCCCCACUGUCUCUCUUUCUCUGCAUCGCUUGCGCGCUCGAAUCGCCACCUCCUUGGCCGGAACUCCGCCUCUUUGCCCCUCGCUGGCGGCGCUCCGGCCACCGCCUCCCAUCCGCCGGGGCUCCGCCAGCCUGACGCCAUGUUUUUAGAUGGCGCGAGUGUCUAGAAAGUCCCCGAUGGGAAGCUCGCGUCUAUAACUCAUUCCGAUCUCUGGUUGUGAAUCGAAAUGAGAUUCUCGAGUUAAAAGGCUUAAAGCUGCGUCACAUUCGUUAGAUUUUGCGAUUCAAAACUCGUCGGCGGUCGUUGUCGCGGUCAAUCUCCCGAAAAAGGCUGCUCUUUUUGUGAAGGCAUAUUAAUAUAGUCAACUUAAACUGUGAAAUGGGGCUGAUCAAGAUGGCCCCAGUUUUUCAAAGACUAUUGGAGGGCAAAGCUGGAAUUUCUAGCAUUUUGGGGCAUGAAAAAUGUGAAAGCUACUUGCUUUUUGGAGCUGAAAGAGCUUUGGGAGAUGCAUUUCGGGCUUUCUUGUACUUUGUUGGUCUUGCUUACUGUUUUAUAGGAUUAUCAGCUAUAACUGCUCGUUUUUUCCGGUCAAUGGAAAAUGUUGUGAAGCAUACGCGUAAGGUGGUGGUACGAGAUCCUCACACAAACCUUGAAUCCGUGAAAUAUGAAAAAGUGUGGAACUACACCAUUGCAGACAUUACAUUGCUGGCAUUUGGGACCAGCUUUCCUCAAAUUUCUCUAGCCACUAUUGAUGCACUCCGAAACCUUGGGCAGAUAUAUGCUGGAGGUCUUGGACCAGGAACACUUGUCGGUUCUGCAGCAUUUGAUCUAUUUCCUAUCCAUGCUGUUUGUGUCGUGGUUCCUAAAGCUGGGGAAUUGAAAAAGAUAUCUGAUAUUGGAGUCUGGCUGGUUGAGCUCUUUUGGUCCUUCUGGGCUUACAUUUGGCUAUAUAUAAUACUUGAGGUAUGGACUCCUAACAUUGUUACGCUCUGGGAAGCUCUGUUAACAGUUUUGAUGUUUGGAUUGCUGCUGAUACAUGCAUAUGCUCAAGACAAGCGUUGGCCCUACUUGUCUCUUCCUCUGGCGAGAAGUGAAAGACCAGAGGAUUGGGUGCCGGAAGAGACGGAAUUAUAUAAAGAAGCGGGUAGUGCCUAUGAUGAGUCCCAUGAGAUCAAUCAAGUCGGCCAAGAUGGAAACCCUGGAAAUAUUGUUGACAUCUUUUCUAUUCAUUCCACCACUGAAACAGGUCCCAUAUAUCAAAAUGUGCCCACUAGUGAUGUAGCUGAAUCCUCCAAUCGACCUUUUCACAAGGAGAUCAAGUUGGAAGAGUUUCACGUGCUCUCAAUUUGGAAACAGCAAUUUGUGGAUGCGCUCAUGGUACCGUAUCUAACAAUGAAAAUUCAGAUUCUUGAAGAAUUAUUCUGCUAUAAUGGAUUGGAGAAACUUGUAUGGUCUUCCAAUCUCAUGAGGGUGCCUGCACACAUUCUAGAAAAAUUUCAAGAGCAAAGGACAGUAGAACCUCAAAAUCACAAUUUGACUGAUGUACUACUUUUGGAAAGUGCAGAAUCGAGGAAGUUGCACAGUGCAUGUCUACGGUUUGCAAGAUUAUCAUGGCAAUUGCUCCUUGCCCCAUGGAGGUUUCUUUUUGCUUUUGUACCUCCUUAUCAGAUUGCUCAUGGAUGGAUCGCUUUCAUUUGCUCUCUAAUCUUCAUCAGUGGGAUUGCUUAUGUUGUGACAAAUUUCACUGACCUAAUUAGCUGCACCACAGGAAUAAAUGCUUAUGUCAUAGCAUUUACAGCCCUAGCUGCUGGAACCUCUUGGCCCGAUUUAGUGGCUAGUAAGAUUGCUGCCGAGCGACAGACAACGGCAGACUCAGCAAUUGCAAACAUCACUUGCAGCAACUCGGUGAACAUCUACGUGGGCAUUGGAAUCCCAUGGCUGAUCGAUACCGCCUACAACUUCAUUGCAUAUGGAGAGCCCUUGAGGAUCCAGAAUGCAGCAGGUCUCAGCUUCUCUUUGCUCGUUUUCUUCUCCACCUCUGUAGGAUGCAUCGGAGUUCUCGUGCUGCGACGCCUCACCUUGGGUGCAGAGCUCGGAGGCCCAAGGUUCUGGGCUUGGGCGACCUCUAUAUACUUCAUGUUGCUUUGGCUCAUAUUCGUUGUUCUCUCCUCCCUUCGAGUUUCCGGUAUCAUAUAAGAGCAAAUAGCCAUUUGCCAGGUUAUUUGUGCUACAUUAUUUUUGUUCCUUCCCCAAUAUGCCCCCUAUUUGUAAUGCCUUGUAUCGAAUAAUCGAGUUGAUAGGAAGUAGAAUAUGCCAUUCGAUGUUUACAUUAUUUCGGCCUUAACACAGGCCCUUUACAGGUUCCGUACCACAUCCUCAAUUAGGAGGAAUACAUAUUUAUUUUAGACGAUUAUUCAACACAGCAUGCUGCUAUGCUAUUCAUUGGCAUGGGAAA